AAUACUAGCACGUAUUGGAAAGGCUUGAGAAGCCUCCGUAGCUUGGAAUUAGGUUACAUGAAGAACUUGAAGAAUCUCCCUCGAGGCAUUGCUUGCCUAACCAACCUUCAGGACCUUUAUAUUGGAUAUAUGAAAAACUUGAUAGCUCUCCCAGAUGAGAUCGGUAACCUCUCCCUACUUCAGAAACUUACAAUAGCAAGUAUGGAGAAGUUAAUAGCACUCCCAGAAGAGAUCGGCAACCUCUCUAAGCUUUCGUACCUUGAGAUCAAUUAUUGCCCAGAAUUGCGGGUACUUCCACUAUCAUUACAAAGCCUCACCUCUUUACAGACACUUCUUAUUCAUGUGUGUCCACAUCUGGAAGAAAGAUAUAGCGUCAAAUUCAAUGGCCAAGAUCGUCACCUCCUUCAACAUAUUCCCGAUCUUCAGAUUCGCUCACUGUUCUCCGGGAACUCAAUCUGAAUGUGAUGAUCAAAGGUAGCUUG